AUGCAGCAGGAUGUGCUGAGUCCCAAUUGGCUAUCGCAGAAACAACGAGUAGCAGCAGCGAUUUCUCCACUACCGGCUGAGAGGAUUAUGGAGAUUCAACUGCGCAGGAAGCAGGACAAAGUCCGAAGGAUGGAGACCAAAUUGAGACUGGCGCAAGAGGUAUACGAGCGGUAUGAACAACAAACGCAGAAUACGGCCUACUACGACGAUAGUUCGAGUUCGAGUACGGCUGCCACGAUGAAAACAACAAAUGGAAGAACCACAAUCGAAAUGAAUCAUGACCACGAGGUUAAGGAAGGCAUUCUGAAGCUCCAUGAAGGCAAGAUUAAAAUCAAGCUGAGAUUGAAGACCAAAUUAAUUAAAGCAAUUCAACGUAUCCAAACUGAUAUUUCGAAUGGGCCUGCAAUUGAAGAAUACAUUGUAGAGCAACUGGAUGAUUUAGAAAACGAAAAUGAAAGAAGUGGUGACAUCGGAGGAAGAAAUACUGAAGAUGACCAGGACACUGAUGACGAUUGUUCUGAUGCUACUGACGAAAAUCCGUACCAUGGUAUUCGGCUUGAGAAGGAAAUUAACAUCAAUCGCGUCUUAACUCGUACUGAACAGGGGAAGCAAAUAAUGGAAUGUUUGAAGCAAGGCAUCCGACCUAAUGAGAAGCUUAUGAAUCAAAUCAAGCACGUGUUGUGCGAAUAUUGCCUUAAUUAUGUAUUUUUUAGUCGUCCAUCAGCAUUCCAAAAGAACCUAAUAGCAUUGUCUCUAGUCGAAACUUAUCCGAUUUUGCGUUCAAGUAACAAUGAUGUACCUCAAGCAUUGUGGUUUCAUCAGCAUGCAAGAGGGCUCCAUAGACAUUCUGGAAGACUGCACUAUCAUCUUGAAUACCUUAUUCGCAAAUCAGCAAAUCAGGUGUUUUUGAAAAUAACCAAGUUACGUAAUUAAUGGAUCUUUUUCUCUAGAUAAAUAAACUCCACAGCGGUUAUUGUAGCCGCAUAUAUAUUUUUACGUUUUAAAUAGCCAAUGUUAAUUCAUAAGUGUUUUGAUUUUAGAUUGGCGAAAUGAAGUUCAUCUGCCCCACACCAAAAAUAUAUAUAGAGUCACGUCAGUCAGUCACGCGCGCAGAGUUGUGGGUAAAGA